CUCCGCUGAUGUUGCCCACACUGCAGCUGCUAGUAGAUGCCUCUUCGCGCUGGCAAGCGCAUUCCCAUAGUCGCGAUUACGGUGUAUGGAGGCGGAGGAGGACGACGACGACGGAGCAGGAGAAGAUGGCAUCCUCCCCCUCGCCGCGCCGCCCUCGGACAGCGCCGUGCAAGAGCCCGCGGCUGGGGCGAGCGAAUUAGCGAACGGCCAGGACUACGUGCACACUGCCAGGGCCUACGUGCAGCCGACGUCGUGCGCGAAUUGGGCGUGCAAGCUGGGCGCAAUCUUCCCCAAACCUCCCAGCAUCCUAAUCGUCACCACCUGAUACUCUUGCUGCCACUGGGAGCGCCCUGUUCAUGCUCCGCCGAACGACGACACCUGAGCGCCACUGCGGACGAGCGUCUGGACGCCGCCUGCGCAGCCGGGCCCCCUGGAGCCGCGCGGGGCCCCGCGGGGGCUGCGGCCGCUGCACGGGCCCGCCGCCGCCAGGAUCCAGGCCCGCCGACGCCACGCGCGCGGCCGAAGAACACCGCGACGCCGCGCGAGGCGGCGCGGCCGCCGCCGCGUCGGCGCGGCGGUGCGUCCCCAGCAGCCGCCUCUCGAGGCUGCGGUACUCGGCGAUGGCCGCGUUCAGCGACGCCGCGCGCGCGUCCAGGGCGGCGCGCGCCUCGGCGAGCCCCUCGGCGGGCCCCCGGUGCGGCGCAGCGCCGUCGCUUCGGCGGCCGCGGCGCACGU